AUGCUUCGUCUGAUCUUGCGGCUCAGGCCGUCCUCCGGGCUCCGUUGUCCCCGUGCCCUCCCGGCCGGGCCUGCUGCGCUCAGCUCCCGCUCCGUGCCCGGGACCGGUGCCCUGAGGCGGCUGCACUGCGGGUCCCGGACCGUGUGCUGGAGCUCCGGCCUCAGCAACAGGGCGGCUCUGCUGCGGUGUCCCGGGCUGAGCUGUCAGAGUGUGCGGUUCUACUGCCUGCCGCCGCACCAGAAGGUGGAGCUCCCUGCACUGUCCCCCACCAUGCAGACAGGAACCAUCGCUCGCUGGGAGAAGAAGGAAGGAGAAAAAAUCGGCGAGGGCGAACUCAUAGCUGAGGUGGAGACUGACAAGGCCACCGUAGGGUUUGAGAUGAUGGAGGAGUGCUACCUGGCAAAGAUCCUGGUGCCCGAAGGGACCAGAGAUGUCAGCAUUGGAGCUGUAAUCUGCAUCACAGUCGACAGCCCUGAACUCGUCGCAGCUUUUAAGGAUGUUACCUUGGAGUCUCUUCAAGCAGCUGGAGCCAGCCCUUCACCGGUCGCCUCCUCCUCCUCUCCUCCUGCUGCUCCUGCCGCCCCGGGCAGCUCCUACCCCACACACAUGAAGGUCACACUUCCUGCCCUCUCUCCCACCAUGACGGUGGGAACAGUGCAGCGCUGGGAGAAGAAAGUGGGAGAGAAGCUGAGUGAAGGAGAUCUGCUGGCUGAGAUCGAGACUGACAAGGCCACCAUCGGCUUCGAGGUGCAGGAGGAGGGAUAUUUGGCUAAAAUCAUGGUGCCAGAGGGAACCCGGGACGUUCCCCUGGGAGUGCCGCUCUGCAUCAUUGUGGAGAGAGAAAGUGAUAUCGCUGCCUUCAAGGAUUAUGUAGAGACCGGAGUGACAGAUGUUGCCGCUCCACCUCCAGCUCCGGCACCGGCUGCAGCUCCAGCAGCUCCCAGUCCUGCUCCAGUCGCCGCUGCCCCCCCCGCAGCCCCGAGGAAGGGUCGUGUGUUCGCCAGCCCGCUCGCCAAGAAGCUCGCCGCUGACAAAGGGAUUGAUCUGGCACAGGUCAGCGGCUCCGGUCCUGACGGGCGCAUCACCAGGAAAGAUAUCGACAGCUUUGUUCCACCAAAGGCAGCACCUGCUGUAGCUGCGGCCCCCGCUCCAGCUGCUGCUGCUCCUGCUGCUCCUGCUGCUCCUGCUGCGCCUCCUGCUGCUGCAGCUGGGACCUUCACAGACGUCCCCAUCAGCAACAUCCGCAAGGUCAUCGCUCAGAGGUUGAUGCAGUCCAAACAAACCAUCCCCCAUUAUUAUCUGUCUGUAGACGUCAACAUGGACCAAGUGAUCGAGCUUCGGCAAGAACUCAAUGCUGAGGUGAAAGCGCAGAAUAUCAAGCUCAGUGUGAACGACUUCAUCAUCAAAGCCAGCGCUCUGGCCUGCCUCAAGGUUCCUGAGUGCAACUCCUCCUGGUUGGACACGGUCAUCAGGCAGAACCAUGUGGUGGACGUGAGUGUAGCAGUGAGCACAGCCAACGGUCUCAUCACGCCCAUCGUGUUCAACGCUCACACCAAAGGGCUCGUUGGCAUCAGCUCCGACGUGUCUGCGCUCGCUGCCAAAGCCAGGGAUGGAAAACUGCAGCCACACGAGUUCCAGGGAGGUACCUUCACGAUCUCCAAUUUAGGGAUGUUUGGUGUCAAGAACUUCUCUGCCAUCAUCAACCCCCCUCAGUCCUGUAUCCUGGCCGUCGGGGGCUCAGAGAAACGGCUGAUGCCUGCUGAUAAUGAGAAAGGGUUUGACGUGGCCAGCAUGAUGUCGGUAACGCUGAGCUGCGACCACCGGGUGGUGGACGGCGCCGUCGGAGCGCAGUGGCUCGCGGAGUUCCGCAAGUUCCUGGAGAAACCGGUCACCAUGCUGUUGUGAUUGGACUGUACUGCCGCUAAACUGCAACAACAGGCAUAGCCUCUCACUAAAGUGAUCUGAUUGGUCUGAACCGGUCUGUUUCCUCCUGUGAUUGGCCGGCCUGCCAACAGGUCACUCCCAGUUACCCUAAAGGGGAAGAAGCAGAACUCACUCCGUUUACCUGUCUGUCUCUCUGUCUGUCUUUCGGUCUUUUUCUCCCCUCGCUCUGUCUCACUCACAUGUAUUUAUUGAGGCCCUGUCUCACGAGAGACCAGAAUUAGGUAUAAUUGAUCCUAGAAUAGAGACUGGUCCAAUGUCACUAAAACAUUGUAAAUGUUUUACAAAGGGAAGUGUUACAAGUCCAACCAGCGAGAAUAUUUAUCCCCAAAAAAUUACGAUUGUGUGUGUUUGUGAUUUGUGUGUGUGUGUGUGUGUGUGUUUCACGCUAUUAUUUUUAUUUGGUUUGAAUGUCAUAAAGACAACAGGAAGUGCAGCAAGCUGUCGGUAACAGUCGUUUAAAAAAAAAAAUGGGAAUUUGGAAGAUGGAGCUAAAAGGCGGUUAACUUUGAGACGCACUAAGUCCAGAUCUACACACACACACACACACACACACAAAUACCCACACGCACACAAUUGAAACGUUUGGUGUGUUUUCUGUGGGUUGAUGCUACAGUGUAUAUUCUUCACUGUGAAAAGAACACAGUGCUGUGUAUAUAUAAACAAGCUCUAAGUGAAUAUCUGUACAGUCCUGAAUGAUGACCCUCUUCAAAGAAAACUUGACGGUUUUGCCAAUUUGUAUUCAGUGGGGAUGUUUUAUUUGUUAGUCUCAGAAUAAAACACUUACCAUUGAUAUAUUCUGUAUUUCACUGCUGGAACGCACAAAGCUGGUGCUGGAUGUCAUUUGAAUAAAUUCGGAGAAGUAAA